AUGACUGAAGACUCAAUUCCUAAUAAGAGGAUCUUCAAAGAUCCAGUACACGACUAUGUGGAAUUUGAUCCAUGGAUUUGCAGCUUCAUAGACACACCUCACUUUCAACGGUUGAGAUAUGUGAAACAACUAGGAAUCUCGUACUAUGUGUACCCAGGAGCAUCUCACAAUAGAUUUGAGCAUUGUCUCGGCGUUGGCCACCUGGCUAGGAUGAUGGCUCAACAUCUUCAGAAGAGCCAACCGUCAUUGGGUAUCACGGAUGAGCAUAUACGAUGCGUCGAGCUUGCUGGACUGUGCCACGACCUUGGUCAUGGGCCAUGGUCUCAUGUUUGGGAUGGUCAUUUCAUCCCCAAAGCCCUUCCUAAUCACCCCAAAUGGAGUCACGAGCAAGCUUCAGAAAUGAUGCUUGAUGAUAUGGUGAAGAAGUAUCGUAGUCUUGACAUAUCGCCUGAGGAUGUAGAGACCGUGAAGGCACUCAUUUCUGGCAGGAAGGAGCGGUGCAAGCUUGGAACGACUAUGCCUUUCUUGUUUGAGAUUGUCGCCAAUGAUCUCAAUGGCAUUGAUGUCGACAAGUUCGAUUACAUCGCUCGUGACUGCCACGCUGUUGGCGAGAAACGCAACAUUGCUAUGACAAGAUUGAUUCAUUCCGCUCGCGUCAUCGACGGUCAAAUAUGCUAUGACAUCAAGGAUGCCAACACAGUUUAUGAACUAUUUUAUACUCGUUUUUCGUUACAUAAAAACAUCUACAAUCACAAAACCACUCGCGCCAUUGAGUACAUGAUCAUGGACGUACUUCUCAUUGCACAGAAGCACAUGAAGUUCGCAGAGUAUAUCGACGUACCUGAAAAGUAUCUUCAUCUCACGGAUGAUCUCUUCCACUGCAUCAACAUUAGCGAAUCGGAAGAGCUCGCACCAGCGCGCAAGAUCAUUCACCGCAUCCAGACCCGUGAUAUCUAUCGCCGGGUAGACUACAAGAUCAUGGACUGGGAUGACAAGGAAUUUUGUCAGGCACAUAUCACGCCCGAGGCAAUUGUUCAUGCUGCUAAAAAUGCCAACCUUGAGGGUGUUGAACAGAGCCUCGUUGCUGAGCUCACUGUUGACCACGUCAUCGUGGAUGUGAGCAAGAUGCACUACGGCAGAGGAGGGGACAAUCCCAUCUUCCAGGUAAAAUUCUAUAGCAAACAUGAACCAAAUGUGUGCCGUCGGGCCCAGUCAGAAGACGUCUCCCUCUUGAUGCCCGAGAAGUUUGGCGAGGUCCUCCUGAGGGUUUACACCAAGGAAGAGAGAUUUAUGGGCCUCGUUCAAGCUGCAUACCGGCAUGUACUGAGGACCCUUCCUAUGCCGAGUGAGGCAGCGGAAAUAACCACUAUAGUACCAACACCUCCCGCUACUGAAGCGCCUUCUACUCCAACGGCGCUUACGUCUACCCUCAGUCUUGGUAUACCUCAGAGCCGUGCUUCAAGACCUUUCGGACGCACACCCAGCUAUUCGGACAACCAAUUCACUACACUCCCGCCCAAUUGUCAGAGCCGCUCUCCGACGAGGAUAUCAUCACGAAACUUGAAGCGGACUAGGGAGACCAGUAUCGAGUUGGACAUUGACAAUCCUCCUCCGACUAGGAAGAGUAUGCGUUUGGCGUCAGCAUCAGCGUCGGCAAAGUGA